CUUUAAUCACACCCCGAAAGCCCGUAGCCGCCGUCUUUCUUCAUCUGAAUCUGCAUCGAUCUUUGGUUUCAGCCAUGAUCAUUUCUCCACAUCAGGUUUUUGGUAUCUGUAUUUGAUUGGAUUGGACCCUGUAGAUAAAUGUGCUUGGAGUUAUGAGAUUAUACCUUGCAUGGGGUGAUAUUGAUUGGGUUCAUCCUCGUAAACUGGUGCAAAGACAAGAUGCCAUAUAAUUACUUCUCAAGACUCAGAAGUUCGUUCAGGCAUGGGAUUCAGAGAACCAAUGCUUCUCUAGGAGGUGAUUUUCAGGACUCGCUGGAAGUUCUACUUGGUCAUGGGAAACUUUUGUUUGGUAAACCUAGGUUUUACUCCGGACCAUUUGUAGAAUCUGGUGACCUAAAUGUUCUACUUCAGCGCUGUACUCCUUGUGCUGCUCAAUUGAACUUGCUGCCCGCAAGUAAAAAGAAGAACCUUUCGGUUAUUGGAGCUGUUUCACGGACAUUCUCAACCCCAUCAGUGUCAGGACCAUCACUUCAAGUUUGUGGAUAUCACGUUGAUAAUCUGCUCUCCGGGCCUGGUCAUUUUUCUUUAGGUAUUGGCAAUCAUAAGGUGUCUAUGGCUCUUUCCAGUUAUAGAGCUUUGCUUGGGGGAGGUUCUCUAAACAACUUAACUGCCACGCAUGGGAACCUCAUGUUGUCGAUUGAUAAUUCUAAUCUCUCUUAUGGUAGCAGACGUUUCCAUAGUUGCAGAAAGAUCAGCAUGAAUUCGAGAAAUAAGAAACAAUCGGAGAGUUUCUCUCUCUAUGGAUACUUUAUGUACCAUGUUGCCAAGACAAGUGGUAGCUGCAAUCAGUUUCUAGGUUUUGAAUGGAAGAGCUUCCACAUCUCAUCUCUGGCAUGUUUAACUGCUGGAACAUCCCCUGAUGGGUUCUCAGACAACUGUGUACAUGAUGAUCAGCUUACAAAUUCUGCAGAUUCUUCUGAUAGGAAGACCUUAUCAGACCGAUCGCUCAAGUUGCUUUCAGGAUCAUGCUAUCUGCCUCAUCCUGAGAAGGAGGAAACAGGUGGUGAGGAUGCUCACUUUAUUUGUUCUGAUGAGCAAGCAAUAGGUGUAGCAGAUGGUGUAGGUGGCUGGGCUGAUCUUGGUAUUGACGCUGGAAAAUAUGCACGGGAACUAAUGUCCAAUUCGGUAAGUGCUGUACAAGAUGAACCCCAGGGUUCUGUUGAUCCUGCCAGGGUUUUGGAGAAAGCUUACACAAACACUAAAGCCAAAGGAUCCUCAACUGCUUGCAUUAUUGCACUCACAAAUCAGGGUCUUAAUGCCAUUAACUUAGGUGAUAGUGGUUUCAUGAUAGUUAGAGAUGGAUGUACCGUUUUCCGGUCCCCUGCACAACAGCAUGAUUUUAAUUUCACUUAUCAACUGGAGAACGGCAGUAAUAGUGAUUUGCCCAGCUCUGGUCAGGUAUUCUCAAUUCCUGUUGCUCCGGGAGAUGUAAUAAUAGCAGGCACAGAUGGACUGUUUGAUAAUUUGUACAACAAUGAUAUCACUGCGGUGGUGGUUCAUGCGGUGCGAGCUGGUUUGGAUCCCCAGGUGACGGCUCAAAAGAUAGCAGCGUUGGCACGACAAAGGGCACAGGAAAGGGACAGGCAAACACCUUUCUCUGCUGCAGCCCAAGAAGCUGGGUUUCGUUACUAUGGUGGGAAGCUUGAUGACAUUACCGUUGUUGUCUCCUAUAUCACCUCUUUCAAAGAUGAUGAGUCUUCGUCAUCAAGUUCUCGUUAGGAGAUUCCUUUAAAGCAAUUCAGUGAUUAUGGUAGUGUUCUAUGAGUUGGAAAUUGAAUAGUUGUAUAUAAACAUAACAGCAACAGAUGUGAAGGCUUUUUGUUCAAGUUUGUAAUUUGGUUCCAUGUUUUUAGGAGGGUUGAUAACAGAUGAAAUGAGGCAAUAAUUUGUAUCACAGACCAUGGACCGGCUAGCAAUAUGAUUGGUUAAAUUAAAGAAGGGACAAGUAUUCGGC